CCUGCCGUGGAUCUCAAAAAGCCAGCUCCCGCUGCCGAAGAAGCCAAAGUCGAAGAAAAGGGAUUGAGUGAUGAUGCCAUCACAAAGUAUACUUCCGCUGGACAAGCCGUUGGUGAAGUCUUGAAAAAGUUUCUGCCCUCGAUCGCGCCGGGCAAGAAGGUCUUAGAGCUUUGUAUCGAGGGUGAUAAGCUCAUCAACGAGACUGUUGCGCCACUGUGGAACAAGUCAAAGAACGGAGUCAAAGUUAGCAAGGGUGAGCAGAAUCCUAUUGGUUCAUUGCUCACCACCUUAGGAAUCGCCUUCCCAACUUCCAUUUCCGUGAACAAUGUCGUUGCCCAUGUGUCCCCUCUUCCUUCCGACCCCGAAAUUGAGCUCAAGGAGAACGAUGUCGUCAAGGUUAUGCUUGGAGUACAGCUCGAUGGAUUUGCCGUCACACACGCCGAGACCCUCCAUCUGACCUCCAAGGCUCCCACUUCUGACUCUGCUGCCGACGUCAUCAAGGCUGCGUACGAUGCUGCCCAAAUCGCUAUGCGGACGAUCAAGGCGGGAGCCAAGAACUGGGACGUCACGGAGGUGGUUGAAAAGGUUGCCAAAGAGUAUGGAUGUGUUGGUGUCGAGGGCAUGUUGAGUUGUCAACAUGAGAAGAACGUCACGGAUGGAAAGAAGCGGAUCUUGCUCAACCCUACUCCUGAGCUCAAGCGGGAGCACGAGACAUGCACGUUCGAGGAAGGAGAGGUCUAUGGAGUCGAUGUGCUCGUGGUAACUGGAACCGAUGGAAAGGCGAAGCCAGACCCAUCCAGAACUUCCAUCUACAAACGUGCCAACGAUAUUAACUACCAGCUCAAGAUGAAAACUUCAAGAGCAGUCUUCUCAGAGAUUCAGAAGAAAGCUGGAGCUUUCCCCUUCACACUGCGAUCGCUUGAGGAUGAAAAGAGGGCAAGGAUGGGUGUACAGGAGGCUGUCACGCACGGCCUGUUGAGACCCUAUGACAUCGUUCAGACUGCCCCUGGAACUCUUGUCGCCGAGUUCUUCUUCACAAUCGCUUUGCUUCCUGCUGGUCCCCUUCUACUCUCUCCCACCCCAGCGUGGUACUCUGCCGACAAGGUCUCUUCUUCCAAAUCGCUCACGGACGAGACGCUCAAACCCCUGCUUACUCAACCCUUACGAGCGUCGAAGAAAAAGGCAAAG